AGACGCAUGUUCGGAGCAGUGUGCGACAUGCUCCGCGGAAGGAAGGUAGACUGCUGAGUCCAUCUAGCGUCCUUUUUCAGUUGGCGAAAGUUCACUUUGGAUUGACUGCAACCGUUUCAAACCGUCUUUGCGAAGAUAUAUUUGCUUAUAUUGUGACUGUAUUCAUCCCUAUUUUUUCUUUGCAAGUCAUGCUAUUGUUUUUCCUUCUUUUUCCAUUCACCUCAGUCAAUAUUACGCUUGUAAAUAAGAAUAAAACUGUAGGUUGUAACAUAUCUGUUAUCUGCAAAUUCUUCGAGUGUAUCUACUUACAGGUUACCAAGUUGUACAUUUAAUCAUCAGUGCAAAGAAGAGCCCGAGCGACUAGUUUCGUUGUACCACUAAAAGCGAUGGUAAUAGAUUCCCCCCUGUAUGCUGUUAUUGUCUUAUUGGUAAUCGCCCUUGUGGCUACGGUGACCGCCUUUGCUUGCUACUACAGAGCAAGGCGUCGGAUAGACAUCUCACGCACGGGUGAAGCCUCUGGAGGCAUCCGUGGGUCGCGUCCUCCCCGGCGCAAGCCACCACCCGUCCCUCGCUCCCUGCAGCCGCCCUCUUCUUCGCCCUUCCACUCCGCCUCGGAGCAUCCUUUGGGGGCUUCGGCGAAUUCCGGUCAAGAGAACAGGCAUCUCAAGUCAGCGUCGAAACGCCACAAUCUUCAUGGUAGAUCUGCUGACUGCCACGCUCUUGGAGUCUGGUCUGAAACUCAAGAACAGCCUCAAGGCUUGCACUCAGACUCUGAACCUCUAUCUCUAGGAAGUCCCGGGAUCGAGGCACAAUGUCCCUACUUGGAUAAAAGCUCUCCUAAUCUGAAGGCUUCACUGGCGGAAACCAAACAGAGCUCUCGAAACCGCUGCCUGUCAGACCUGCGUUCUGAACAUUCAAGUGAGAGUUCAACUAUAAUGAAAUCCAACAAGGAAAUAAAGUUUAGGAAAGAUAAUUCCGCGGCGGGAAAGAUUCAGAUAAAAUCAGCUUUUUCCCUGGAACUCGCUCUAAAAAUGGAGGCGAGAUCAUUAACAAGCAAACCUCCAAGUUCCAAGAACGUGAUAGAGCAACGCAGGUCCUUUUCGGACCAGGAACCUGAUUACGUUAGUCUGGGCGAAGACUCGGAAGAUAACUGCGGAUCAAACUCAGCCACUCUGCAAAGACCACUAGGAGGUAGGACCGUUGAGCAGCAGCAGCUCUAUGGCGUGCAAUAUAUGAACGUGAUAGAGGUCUCGGGACCUUACAUGAAUGUCAUUACUACCAAUUCCCUUGCGAAAGGUCGCACCCCGGAGCUGCACAAGGCCGUCUCAGAUCCUGAACAUCUCUACGAAUCCCUGGGCGAAGACGAGCAGGAGGAAGGGCGGUCAGGCAAUGCCACUUGGCAAGGCAUGAUAGGGCCACAAACUCUUAGAAGAAUGAGAGUAAGGACUAGAGAAGACUGGCGGAGCAUGGAGAGGGAUUCACACCCGUAUGCCAAUCCUUGCAGCACCGACGACGAAGACCCAUACGAGGAAAUUAGAGAGAACAUGUGACAGUCCCCGCGAGAUGCGCAUGACGACAUGUCUAUUGCUCGUAAGAUUUUGGAGCACCUCACAACCAUCCAGCCAUCAUGGAAUUAUGGAAUAUUUCCUGAAAGUUCAAAAAAGCCGAAAGAGAAAGGUCAUACUGGAGAUAUGUGGCCUUGUUAACAAAACAACCUUAUCAGAGUCAAGGGAAGAAUCCGGAGAUCCGCCGAACGACGAUACACGUAGCGCAGGAAGUCCCUCUAUCUCCAGGAAGCGUCUCCUGGAUGCUGUGAUAGCUCUUAGUUAUCUUCUUUUUUCAUCUGAUAAACUUAGAGCUAAAAAACAUCUUACUGUGUUCUUGAUUAGCUGUUUUCG